UGCAGCUCAGGAAGAAGAACGUGCAUUCACAAGGACGGAGCGAACUCUCUUCGUUGGAGGCAGAAGCCUAGGAUAAGGACAGGAGAUGAAUCAUAUGCAGAGCUAGAGGUGCUACCCUGUGGAGGGUUGCCCAUUAAUCAUUCCAAUCAUUUUCGGGUGCAUGCUGUCUGCCAUUCAGGUCAGCAGUGCUCUUUGUCAGCAGAACUACGAGGGCAACGUGAAGCUCAUUGGAGCAAGCAAGCUCAGAGCAAGGUACUGAACUCCCGCCCCCCCUCCCAACAAGUCAAAUGUCUUCUCGGUCCCUCCUCAGCGAGGAAGACUAUGAGGAGCUGCUCGAGGAGAUUCACGGAAGGGCGAGAAGCAACUGCCUGCCCAGUGUUAAAGAGCUUUUAGGACAUGAGGACGAAACAUUGCAUGACACCUUGGUAGAACCUGAUGCUGAGGUGGGGGAGCACAAGGCCAGGCUGCAUCGGCGCCUGUCAUUUGCUGAUGGGACAAGUUUUGUUGUUGGCGUCAUCGUUGGAAGUGGUAUCUUUGCAACGCCGGGCCAGGUUCUACUCAACGCCGGCAGUGUGGGGCUGACCUUGUUGGCCUGGUUGGCGGCUGGGGUGGUGGCUCUUUUCAGUUCCUUCAUAUAUGCAGAGCUUGGGAGUGCCAUACCCCAUGCUGGGGGUGAUAGCGAGUACCUGAGGCUUGCCUUUGGCUACCCCUGGUCGUUCGCCUUCGUUUACUCCAUGUUCUUCGUCAUCAAAACGGGGGGCCUUGGAAUUGUGGCCAUCACUUUCGCCCGCUACCUCGCCCCCCAGAUCUUCUCCCUAAGCAUCACGGACCCAGAUCUAGAUUCGGACGUCCGAGUCAAGGCGCUGGCCGUGCUGUGCAUAACCAGCCUCACAGUCUUCAACUGCUUCGGCGUGCACGCGGGUGCGUGGCUGCAAAACCUGUUCUCUGUCAGCAAGGCGGCCCUCAUCACGCUCCUUAUUUCGGCCGCUGUGAUGGGCGUCUUCCAAGACCCCAGCAUCGCAGUUGACAACAGCCGGGGACUCUUUGAGGGCAGCUCGCUCACAGGACUCGGGCCCGCCAUGAUCGGCGCCCUAUGGGCCUUCGAUGGCUGGAACGACAUCGUGUUUCUGAGCGAGGAGCUGAAGAACCCGGCCCGGGACGUCUCACGGUGCGCCAUCUACGGAAUAUUUGGCGUCGUGGCCAUCUAUAUCCUGGUCAACAUUUCCUACCUGUGUAUCAUCCCAGCCGCUGCCUUCAAAGUGAGCCAAGUGAUCGCUCUCGACGCCGCCAGCCGCGCGUUCGGGCCGUGGGCCGGAACAUGCGCUGCGCUGCUGACUGCCGCGUCAGUGUUGGGAUCCUGUAACGGGAGCAUCCUGGUGGGCGGGCGAUAUCUAUAUGCCACGUCGCGAGAGGGCCAGUUCUUCUCGUUCCUGGGCCGGGUCAGCCGCAAGACCGGGGCGCCCUACCCGGCACUGCUGACCCAGGGCGGUCUGGCGUGCCUCGUCCUGCUCGCGCCUGCCGCCAACCUCGCGUCCCUCAUCCAGUACUUUGGCGUCGCCGUCUGGCUCUUCUACGGCCUGACUGCUGCGGCGCUCAUCAAACUGCGGCACGACUUUCCCGACCUCCCGCGGCCGUACUCAGUCCGGCCCUACCCGCUGGUGCCCCUUACCAUCAUCGCAGUUGCGGGGUACCUCAUUGUCACGUCGUUCGUUGAGCAACCAUUCCCGUCGUUGUUGUCGCUGGCAUUCGUUUUGUCGUCCGUCCCUGUUUACUACCUUUUCUUCCGAGUCCAAGAACCGGUGGUGACCCGACUGUCUUGAGUUGCGGACGGGCCACAUUCAGAGAUCAUUAGCCCAGGCUUUGCAGAACAUAUAUCGAGCUGCUGCGGAAGAAAAGACUCAGCAAAUAGAUUAUUUCAAGAUUGGAACGUAUCAAUGAGUCGCCUACCAAGCCUGACUACAGUCGUCUUCUUAUUGCGCGUCUUUACUGAAGGUUUUGGAGUUGCAGCCCACUCGACACUUUAGGAACAAUGCAGAUAGGAAGUAUAUAUGGGAUUUGACUGAGGUGGCCAAGAUCAUAGUAGAGGCCAAAGGUGAUUGUCAGGCGCGCAGCUGUAGGUGCAAUAGAUAUGCGCACAAUGCAGACGGAUCUAGGAGAAGAGCAUGUGGAUCGACGCGGAGACAACCGCAGCAAGAAGUUUCAAAUCUGCAGUGUUGCCAGUGAAAAGGGCAGCCCUUCGAAAUAUCGUUUCAGGAACCAUGAGUUAUUGCUCCUUGAGAACUUGACCUUGAGCACAUGCUCAGUAAUUUCUCGGUGACAUCAACUUUGACUCGAUCUUCC